AUGCGAGAAUUUUUCGGGGCUUACGAUUCAGUUGCAUUGCUCAAAUGGCUUCUCGUUUUCAUAAUUCCAGCUGCUUUUCCAGCCAACUUAUCAGUUUUAUCUGUUUGCCUCUGCUUGGAAUGGAUGUCGAAGAAUCGAGGAAGAUUUAGAUUGGCCCGUCGUUUUGGGAAUCGCGUUGGGAAAUUUCUGAUCGUUGAAUCAGAAAUGGCUUCCCGGAGCUUCAACGUUGGUUCCAAUUCGAAAUCAAGCGGGAUCUCGUUUUCUUCUAGAUUGUUGACCGAGGAUGCGGCUCCAUCGCCAGAUUCUCCCUCGUCAUCCAAUAGUACGAGAUCUCCGCCUCCAUCGACUUCGCCGCCGUCGGGUUCACCGCCUUCAGCAAGUCCGCCUCCAUCGCCACGACCAACCCCUUCUUCGUCCCCUCUUUCUUCGCCGCCUCCAUCACCACCACAGUCUUCGCCACCUCCACCAUCGUCUCCUCCCUCUAAACGGUUGCCACCGCCAUCGUCUCCUCCCCCUAAACUGUCUCCACCGCCAUCGUCUCCUCCCCCUAAGUCAUCGUCACCUCCAUCACAAUCACGACCCCCACCUCCACCUGAUCAAUCUUCUCCGCUUCCAUCCUCGCCUCCAACUUCACCUUCAUCUCCGCCUCAACUGCAGAACUCGUCUACACCACUGACACCAGGAUCCCCAAAUAACUCAUCAGCCACCGGCAACCCUUCACCACCUCCUUCAACUACUGUUUCCCCUCCAGUUGCCGUUUCCCCGCCAAAUACGCCAAGCUUUGCUCCGCCAACAAGGGUGUGGAGCCCUCCUCCGCUGCCGCACUCACCUUCCACCACAAACUCAAGUGGUUCAUCGAGUGACUCCAUGUCCCUCUCAUCGUCAAGAGGGAACAGCAGCGGUGGUAAUUCCGAAAAGUACAUUGGUUAUGCUGUGGCCGGAGUGCUCGGUUUUAUCCUGCUUGCCAUAUUGAUUGUUUUCGUGGUAAAGAGGAAAAGAAAAAGAAAAGUGGCCCAUGCUACACACUAUGACGCUGCCAAUAACUUGCAUAAGAAACCAGGUACGGAAGGGCUUUACCAUGCGCAGCAGCCUGGGAAAGCGAAUUAUGCACAAGAGGGCUGUGCAACAAGCUCUCCCAACAAGGGAAAUGGGGGUAAAGCAGGAGCAGUACAACAUUUUGGGACUCCAGACUCGCCCUGGAGUAAUGGUCAGAUAUCUUUUAGCUAUGAGCAGAUUACAGAGAUAACUCAAAGAUUUUCUAGUGAAAAUAUUGUAGGGGAGGGGGGAUUUGGAUGUGUAUACAAGGGAUGGCUUUCAGAUGGUAAACAAGUGGCUGUGAAGCAGCUUAAGGCUGGCAGCGGCCAAGGUGAACGGGAAUUUAGGGCAGAGGUUGAGAUUAUCAGCCGUGUUCAUCAUCGGCAUUUGGUAUCGUUAGUUGGUUAUUGCAUAGCCGAUCACCGAAGAGUUCUUAUUUACGAGUUCCUUCCCAAUAAAACUCUAGAAUAUCACUUGCAUGCCAGAGGAGUGAAAGUCUUAGAUUGGAACAUGAGGAUGAAGAUUGCAAUUGGCUCUGCAAAAGGCUUAGCAUAUUUGCAUGAAGACUGCAACCCAAAAAUUAUCCACAGAGAUAUUAAGUCAGCGAACAUACUUUUGGAUAAUGCGUUUGAAGCAAAGGUUGCAGACUUUGGACUUGCUAGGCUACACGACGAUGCUAACACGCACGUAUCAACUCGGGUUGUGGGGACUUUUGGGUACUUGGCUCCAGAGUAUGCAACCAGUGGAAAAUUGACCGAUAGAUCAGAUGUUUUCUCCUUCGGAGUUGUCCUCCUUGAACUUAUAACAGGGAGGAAACCUGUUGAUCAAACUCGGCCAGUGGGAGAAGAGAGUUUGGUUGAAUGGGCUCGUCCACUUCUGAAUCAUGCUAUUGAGACCCGAGACUUCACUGAAUUAGUGGACAAAAGGCUUAACAUGCAAUUUGUGGAGAAUGAGAUGUUUCGAAUGAUUGAAGCUGCCGCAGCUUGUGUUCGCCACUCUGCUCCUAAACGGCCUCGUAUGAUUCAGGUGGAAAGAGCAUUAGAUAGUCAAGAUGAAUCAUGUGAUUUAUCAAAUGGGGUUAAAUAUGGUCAGAGCACUAUUUAUGAUGCCGGCCACUAUAGUGAAGAUGCUAUUAUGAAAUUCAGGAAGAUGGCCAUUGGUAGCUGUAGUGAAUCUGAAUUUGAUAGGGACAGCGGAAAUUACUCUUCUUCAGCAGAGUUCUCUGGACAACAUACAUGGCUCACGGGUGCUUCAAGUGGCGAGUCAGAGUCCCGAGCUUUCAAUGCAAGUAAAAGGACUUAGUAGGGGGCAAAUAUGAGGGCGCACACAUAGUAGUAAUAUGAGCAUAUUCAUGUGAGGAAAUGGAGAAUAGCAGCACUCAGAAUACUGAAAAGCUUGAAACUCUUCUUGUGCUUCUUCCAAAGGCCAAAUUUUUCACCUUCUCUGAAAUUACUCUGUUGUUUUUGGUUUGGGAAAGCAUUUGUUUCAGCCCACGACGAAGGAAGGCCGACGAAAUGGGACAUAAGACUGCCUUUGCUUGAACGUCGAACCAUCAUUUGCUUCUUUCCUCGCUUCCAUCAAAUUUUAUUGUCCCCUGUUUUUCAAAUACUCGGGAUGUUCACAGGCUUCUUAAAACACAAACUUGUUGAGGUUACCAUUCUAUUACUUGUAUCAAUAGACGUCUCUUAUUCAUUUAUUGAGACCUCCUACAUGGCAUUUAUAUUAUGAUAUAUUGUGAUGCUGGAUCAGGCUGAUUAA